CUCACUUACGCCGUCGUAUUACUUUAGUCAAAAUUACUCCGUCCAACACUCUAGUGCCCAUAGUAGGAUCCUCCGCCGUCGCGCCGUCCGCACUCCCUAUCGCUGCCGGUCAGUCAACAAUAGCCGACUUGAAUCCUUCAAUCUAAAAGGUCCUGAGUUCAACCCACAAGAGGAUAUAAGAGCAUAGUUCCUAAGAGCAAGAGGGAAUUGUGAGACAGCAAUGGGUCUAAGAAUUGGUGGGCAAGUGGAAAAAGUGAACGCGAAAGUGCUUAGUUAUGCUGAGUUCGCUGAGAAGUACAUGAAUAAAAACCAGCCCGUAGUCCUUACGGGUCUAAUGGAUGAUUGGAGAUCAUGCAGCGACUGGGUAACUGAGGCCGGAAAGCCGAAUCUUCUGUUCCUAUCCACUCACUUCGGAACCUCCAAAGUCCAGGUGGCUGAUUGUGGUACUGGAGUGUUAAAUGAUAAGAGGACAGAAAUGACACUUUCUGAGUUUAUAAACUGUGCUAAGUUCGGCGAAUCUAGUGAUAGUGACAAAUCCUUGUUGUAUUUAAAGGAUUGGCAUUUUGUUAAGGAGUACCCAGAGUACAUUGCCUAUAAAACCCCAUUGCACUUCUGUGAUGACUGGCUGAAUCUGUAUCUUGACAAUUACCGCUUGCAUACUGAACCAGAUACUUACAAUCAGGGAAAUGAAAUAAGUUGCUCGGACUAUCGUUUUGUAUAUAUGGGACCUAAAGGCACGUGGACACCUCUUCAUGCUGACGUUUUCAGGUCAUAUAGUUGGUCAGCAAAUGUUUGUGGAAGGAAACAGUGGUACUUUCUACCCCCAAAUCAACAUCAUCUGGUGCAUGACAGGAACAUGAGAGUUUCUAUAUAUAACAUCUUUGCAGAUGUUAAUGAAGUAGAGUUUCCUGGAUUUAGAGAGGCUGUGUGGUUGGAAUGCACUCAGGAGCAGAACGAAAUAAUCUUUGUCCCUAGUGGAUGGUAUCAUCAAGUUCAUAAUCUGGAGGAUACUAUAUCCAUAAAUCACAACUGGUUCAAUGCAUAUAAUCUAUCUUGGGUGUGGGAAUUGCUUCUGAGAGACUACCAUGAGGCUCAGGAGUACAUUGUAGACCUUAAAGAAUGUGAUGAUUUUGAGGAGCUCUGCCAGCGCAACCUUGCUGCAAAUACAGGCAUGAAUAUUAAAGAUUUCUUUGCCUUCUUGGUGCGCUUUGCGUUUUCCAACAUGGUGCAGCUUCGCAAUCUCACGACUAGAGAGAUGGCAAGGCAUUUUGUUUUCAACCUCGAAUGCAUACGCAGCACUGCUUUGAAAAUGAAAUCCAUAGAUAUCGAUAAGAAACAUGGCUUUUUUAUUGCUGGGAAGGACUUUGAGGAUCACUUACUUGAAGAGCUCUGCAUUUCUCUUAGAAAAACAUAUGGCUUCAUACAUGGGGAACCUCAAGUAGAUGGUAACUUUGACCUGUUCUUAUGUAAAUAUUUUGGGUCAAAUUUUCAUAAAUCUGGUUGUUUAUGUGAUUAUGAAGAUUUAACUUCCCUUAUAGACAAUGCUUUGAUUGAACUGAGUGGGUCUUUUUCUGGUUAGAGUUUGGAGUAAAAUUUACUAGCAUAAUGUGAUUGUAGAUUUACAUUGACUUCAUUGGAAUGGAUGGAUAUACUACAAAGUGUUAUUUGCUCUCCUAGACUUUACUCUUUACUCUUUGUUGAAUAUAUGAAGAUUUGGUUA